UUAAAUGUGAGUUGGUACGGGGCUAUUUGCAUGAACUGGUGACCUUGAUAGUACACGGUCAUUCAACUGCAGUUGUUGCGCGUUGGUGUCCCUGUAGCAAGUCAGCAUCCCCCUCGGUCUACUACGACCCUGUAACCAGGAGUCCUCGGAACGCACGACCGAACACAUAUUACACAGUAUACGGAUUGUAGCGCCUUGUCCUGUUUUCGGACUACGUGGGAUGAGUGUACACCAAUUUGUCAAGAAAUUUAGUGUCCAGUCGGUUGGAGAUGAGCCACGACGAACAAGGGUUUCCAUAGUUCAUGACUAUGAUGAAGCUUACGCUGGUAUACCCUCAGAGGUAGUUCAAGAAGAUCUCGAAGCAGAGGAUGAAGAUGAGCAAGGAAUGAAUCUCUUUUCUGGCGACCAGGCAACUGUAACUCCCAUGAGUAACUGGUUCGGUAAAUUGGCCGCCUACACUGGUGGCAUCGAGCCGACAACGGACGAGACAAGGGAGCUUCGCGAUAAACGAGCCAAGACAACUGAGAAAAAGCGUUUGGGGACAUUCUUGGGCGUCUUCCUUCCGUGCUGCCAAAAUAUCCUGGGGAUUCUCCUAUUCGUUCGUGUUGGCUGGAUUACAGGAGUUGCCGGCACACUUCAGUCUGUGAUCAUUGUGUGCAUGUGUUGCUCUUGCGUAAGUGCCCGUUAG